AUGCAGGAUCCUCCACCACCAGAGAUGGAGCCUCUCCUUCCAGAGCUGCCGCUACCACCAGAGCUCACACCACCACUAGCCAUAACCACCACUUCCAGAGCCAAUUCCUCCUCCUCCAAUGCUAGAUCCUCCACCACCAGAGAUGGAGCCUCUCCUUCCAGAACUGCCGCUACCACCAGAGCUCACACCACCACCGAUCCUCCACCACCAGAGAUGGAGCCUCUCCUUCCAGAGCUGCCGCUACCACCAGAGCUCACACCACCACCGUGA